CCAACGAAGAGUAUGAAACUUUCACAGCAAAAACUAAGGGAUUAGGUACUCCGCUUUAAGCGUAGACUUCAAAAUCAACCAAAAUCCACUCUCUUGCUUGAUUCUUCUUCACAAUCCUGUUCUCUUGAUUGAAGAACACGAAACCAUUGACACACCAGCGAACCCCACUCCACUUUUCAUCAUUCCCUUUCCUUCUGCUCUGACCCAAUUGGCCUUUAACUAUGUCUAUUGCUUCAACACACCUUUAAAUGUUGAAAACAAGCCAAUUCCACUCUGUUCAUCAACAAUCCCUUUCCUCUUCUCUUCGUUUUCUCGCCCAAAUUUCUUCAACUUCUUGAUUUCCCAGAUGGGUAUGUUUUCAAAGCCAAAAAUCUUUAGAACAGGAACGACCCAUAAUGAUUCGAUGGGUUUUAAUGGGGUUUCUCCAGCAAGCAAGUGGAAAUGGACCCAUUUCUUGCCUCUGUUUGUAGCGAUGGUGGUCAUAGCAGAGAUCGCUUCUCUAAGUCGGCUCGAUAUCGCGAAAAAUGCGGCUAUGGUGGACUCUUGGGUCGACUUAUUCUAUGGACCUCCGCCUUUGCAAGAAGAAAUCGAAGAUGUUAGCACUGGAAUCACAAUUGAUGGAGUAAUGGGUAGAGUUAACUGUGAGGAGUGGCUGGAGAAGGUGGAUGCGGUGGAGUACUCUAGGGACUUCAAAAGGAAACCUGUUUUGGUUUCUGGGUCCGAGAAGGAUUGGAAAACUUGUGAUGUGGGAUGCCAGUUUGGAUUGAAUCCUGGUGAGCAGCCUGAUGCUGCAUUGGGAUCACCUCAACAAGGUCGAGUUGCUAGCGUCCUUCGGUCGAUGGAAUCGUCGCAUUACUAUCCAGAGAACAAUAUUGAUUUGGCAAGACGGAAGGGUUACACUGUGGUUAUGACCACUAGUCUUUCAUCAGAUGUUCCUGUUGGAUAUUUUUCGUGGGCAGAAUACGACAUAAUGGCACCAGUGCAACCAAAGACCGAGCCUGCCCUUGCAGCUGCCUUCAUUUCGAAUUGUGGCGCGCGCAACUUUCGUUUGCAAGCUCUUGAAGCACUUGAGAAAUUGGAUGUCAAAAUUGAUUCAUAUGGUAGUUGCCACAGGAACCGCGAUGGAAGAGUUGACAAAGUGGAAACUUUGAAGCGCUACAAGUUCAGCUUGGCUUUCGAGAAUUCCAAUGAGGAAGAUUAUGUCACAGAAAAGUUUUUUCAAUCUCUUGUUGCAGGAACUAUUCCGGUGGUGGUUGGUACUCCAAAUAUCAAGGAGUUUGCUCCUUCUCCUGAUUCAUAUUUGCAUAUCAAGGAAAUUUCCGAUGUCGAGUCGGUUGCCAAGUCCAUGAAAUACCUCGCAGAGAAUCCCAAAAUGUACAAUCAAUCACUAAGAUGGAAGCACGAUGGUCCAUCCGAUUCGUUCAAGGCCCUUGUCGAUAUGGCAGCAGUACACUCAUCGUGUCGCCUUUGCAUCCACUUAGCAACCAUCAUCCACGAGAAAGAAGAAACCAGUCCCGAGUUCAAGAAACGACCGUGCAAGUGCUCUCGUGGCUCCGAAACGGUGUAUCAUUUAUACGUAAGGGAGAGAGGGCGGUUCGAAAUGCAAUCCAUUUUCUUGAGGUCGGGAAAUUUAACGUUGGAGGCUUUAGAAUCGAGAGUACUCGAAAAGUUCAAGUCUUUGAAACAUGUCCCAAUUUGGAAGCAAGAACGGCCUGAAAGCUUAAGAGGAGGAGAUAAACUUAAGCUAUAUAGGAUAUAUCCUGUUGGGUUGACACAGAAGCAGGCUUUAUAUACCUUCAGAUUCAAAGGUAAUGAUGAUUUCAAAACUCACAUAGAAACACACCCUUGUGCUAAGAUGGAAAUCAUAUUUGUCUGAAUUUAAAGCUUCUUCGUCUUCCGAGCGCAUCCGAUAUGCAGUUAACUCGGUCGUCGUUGGACGUGUAAUUUGUAUAACAUAGUUGUUGAACUAAUGUAAGUUUAGGGUGCAAUGAGACGAGAGCGGAAACCCAACAAUAUUUGCUAAAGGGGGGUUCGCUUCGAUCAGCUAGUUAUAGAUCAUGCGCCAUUGUUGUAAGUGUUGAGAAUAGAGUCGGCCUUUGUGGGCUAUGUUGCUUGUUGAAUCUUAGCCAAUUCCAUGACUAUUUGGCUCAAAAGUGAGCAUAGCUCAACGAUAAUUAUUAUGUACUUGUUCUUUUUUGGUUGGA